UUCAAGAAUCGGAGGUACGAGACGCGAGCUGGUGCGUGCGUGACCAUUGCUUCUCCUAUCGUCGUCUUCGGUCGUCCUGUUUUCAGGGUUUCAGUUUCCCUUCGUUUCUUCCCACUUACCAGCGUUUUUUAUAAUCUUAAUACCUCAAAAUUAAUGUUUCUGAAACCGAUGGUUGAUCCUAUCCAACACAAGAUCGCAGUUCCUCCGUAGUUUCGUUUCGAAUAACACGCGAAAACGAAAGAUAUAUCCACAGACGCACUAUCCUAUAAUACGUAACGCUGUAUUGUUCCCUUAUGAAAAGCUGGAGAUGGCGAGAAAAGCCAGUAACUGUGCCAUAUGCGAGAAUUUGAAUCAACCUUCGAUUUGUUCCAUUUGUGUCAACUACAGGUUGAAUGAGUAUAAUACUUCCUUAAAAUCGCUGAAAGAUCGUCGAGAUUCGUUGUACUCAACGUUGAGCGAAGUUCUUGUCCGCAAGGGAAAGGGAGAUGAUCAAACAAAUUGGAGAGUGCUUCAAAAUGAAAAACUUGCAAGGUUGAAGGAGAAGCUCCGUCGUAGUAAAGAACAAGUUACUCAAGGGAGAGCUAAGAUAAAGACUGUGUCUGCUGAUCUGAAACUUAAAUAUGGAGUGCUUGAAUCUGCCCUUGCUACGUUGGAGAAGAAUCGAGUGGAAAAACUGGAGAAGGUCUACCCCAAUCUUGUGUGCACCCAGAGCUUAGGGCAUGUGGCGAUUACUUCUGAGCGUCUUUAUAGACAGUCUGUGAUCAUAAAACAGAUAUGCAAGUUGUUUCCACAACGCCGGGUGGUUAUAGAGGGAGAGAGAAGGGAUGGUUAUAGUGGUCAAUAUGAACAAAUUUGCAAUGCACGCUUACCAAGAGCACUUGAUCCCCACUCUGUUCCAUCAGAAGAGCUUUCCGCAUCCUUGGGAUACAUGGUGCAACUUCUAAAUCUUCUUGUUCACAACUUGGCUGCCCCAGCACUUCAUAACUCAGGUUUUGCGGGUUCUUGCUCUCGAAUAUGGCAACGAGAUUCUUAUUGGGAUGCACGUCCUUCCUCGAGGAGCAAUGAAUAUCCGCUUUUUAUACCUCGCCAAAAUUAUUGCUCAACUGGUGGGGAAAACUCGUGGUCUGAUAGAAGCUCAAGUAAUUUUGGUGUUGCUUCGAUGGAAUCUGAGAGGAGGCCUCGCCUGGAUUCAUCUGGCAGUAGUAGCUUUAACUAUUCUUUAGCUUCUUCUCAUUCUGUUCAAACACACAAAGAUUUGCAGAAAGGAAUUUCACUUUUAAAGAAAAGUGUAGCAUGCAUCACAGCUCACUGUUACAACUCCCUAUGUUUGGAUGUCCCUUCUGAGGCAUCUACGUUUGAAGCAUUUGCAAAGUUAUUGGCUACACUCUCAUCAUCCAAGGAAGUUCGAUCUGUUCUUUCCUUGAACAUGGCUCGCUCUAGGAGAUGUAAGCAAGUUCAACAAUUGAACAAAUCUGUAUGGAAUAUGAAUUCUACUAUUUCGUCAACUACUUUGCUGGAAAGUGCACAUUCUGUUCCCACAACGAGAAUUGAAAAUUAUCUACCAAGUUCUGCUGCUAGUUUUCUUUACCCCACUGAUUUAUCUGAUGGAAAAAGUGAGUGCUUAAUUGAAGGGUGGGAUAUUGUUGAGCAUCCUACUUUUCCUCCCCCACCAUCUCAAAGUGAGGAUGUUGAGCACUGGACUCGGGCCAUGUUCAUAGAUGCUAAAAAGAAGUGAUCGUCUGCAAUGUACUUCUGCUUUCUGUUGAAGGGAGUGGAAGCCGACACAAGAUUCUGGAGGAUUAAUUUAUAAAGUACUUGCAAAUUAGUUCCUCUCCCCCCACCCUCGGGGGUGUAUAUAUAGAUUAUGAGAAUUGUGAAUAUGUAAAUAUUUAUAGGCAAGGUUCAUUUAAUUCUUAAAUGUGGCAAAAUCUCAUCAAUAAUUGAUUGUGUCUAGCUUCAGUGCUUCAUGGUUUGACUCGAGUUAGUUUGACUCCUGAAUUAUAGAAUUUAUCUGACCACUAGUGUUUUAUCUUUUAUCUGACUAGCAAUCAGAUUC